CGCACGCUGCACCAUGAUGAACCCGCUGCUGACGUUAGAGGUUCUGCUGUUCUGGCUGCCUGCUGCUGAAUGCCCCUUCCCUCAAGUCCCGUCGACCGUUCACAGUGCGGAGUGCGCAGUCAACGACCGUGUGCUCAGCACGGUACUCAACGGCGCUCCGAACCUAGCCCGGAAACCACUGCUCGCCUGGCAACCCAUUCCUUCAUCGACGUCAUCAAUCACCGGACCCGCUCACUCAGCAUAUAUACCGCGACCCGCCGCAGAUCACCUGGGGCACGACACCGCACGCUGCACCUUGCUCAACCCGCCGCUGACGUUACAGGAAGGACCGUUGGUGCAGUGGGUGCCGCGGGACCUGACAGGAGGGAACGUUUGCCAAGUACGCCUCGUAAGUGGCCUAACAGGGAGCGUCAUCGAGACCUGCGCUUCACAGAGGACCGAGAGGCUGAGCGAUGGCACUCUUGUGUGCGGGAUGUCAGGCGCCGCUCAGGACCCCACUUUCUCCUGGCAUGUGGCAUGGCACCAACUAUGGCACGUUUGUGGACACUCGGACCUCCCGACUUCAACAGUGUACAACAGUGACAUCUUCCCGAUCCUUCAACAUCGCAUUUACUUACACUUGACAUCUGUGCAUAUUGUAGAUUUUCGCAUGCACUAACAACCGCAUUCUUCUUUCUUUAGAGACCUAUAAACUGAAAGGCGUGCUUUCUAUUUGACCAUGCUUGCAACAGUUGAGCAGGCCCUACAUAUCCCUAUUCAAAAAGACAAGGUGUCUCAAACUUAAAGGCUCCCAGAUUGGUUUUUGA